ACUCCCAAAUAAGAAGAGCGCGUAUUCCCAUUUAAACAUCCCAAGCUAUCAAGUUGGAUGAGUCCCUCUUCUCAUUUGCAGAUAGAGGGAUAGAGUUCAUCCAUGAGAACAUGGCUACCGGUAUUGCCUGUCUUCUUCUCCUCGCCUUUUUCUCAUCAUCUUCCUCCGCUUUCUCCGAAGAGCUCGCUUUAGUUGUUGGUCAGUCUACUGCACUUCAGAUAGUCCCACGUUUACAAGUGACAAAUUCACCUGGCGCUAAGGCCAAUGUCAAUGUUCUUGCUGAAAGAGUUCAUAUAUAUGGCUUGUCAAGGAUGAAAAAUCUCAGAAGAUUUUCUGAUGCCGUGACAAUAAAAGUCACCAACCUAAAUUCUAGUUUUAAUACUCCAAAUUUUGAGAUUUGUUUCCACAGGAAUUUGUCUCUUGGAGUAGGGAUGUGCCCCCCCAGCCAGUGGCAAAAGGCUUCUAAGGGCUCAUGCGUUCAAAGGAUGUCACCGUUUGACAACAAAAUUUUAGAUAUACGGAUGUCCCGUUCCUCAUUGCAAACAUUGGAGUUGACCCUUCAAGAAGAUUCCUCUGCAUAUCGCAUUGUGUUUCUGACGCUUGGUACAAUGUUAAUUACAUUGGCUCCUAUAUUCAGUGAGUCUUUGGUAUUCUACUAUAGCAGUGCCAUGGCUGUUGGGAUAAUCCUUGUGGUAUUAAUCGUCCUUUUUCAGGGAAUGAAGGUUCUUCCUACCGGUCGAGCGAGUUCUCUUGCUAUAUUUAUAUACUCUUGUUUUAUUGGUGUAGGAGCUUUUUUCCUCAGCUACUUGCCCAGUUUGUUUCACACUGUGCUUUCAGAGAUGGGUAUCAGCGAGGAUAUGUACAUUCCUCUGGAAAUAUUCUUGUUGCUGUUUAUUGCAAUUGCUGGGGCAUGGUUAGGCUUUUGGGUUGUUCGUAAACUAAUUCUCACUGAAGAAGGGGCGAUAGAUACAACCAUCUCCAUAUUUGUGGCAUGGUCAAUACGGCUUUUGGGUGCUGUGAUGAUUCUGCAGUGUACUUUGGAUCCUUUGCUGGCAGUAGAAGCAUUGAUCUCUGCUGUUCUCAUAUCAUCAGUUUUACGCAAGGUUUCCAGACCACGAUUGCUACAUAGGCUUUAUGGGAAAUUACGAAAAUCAGCUAUCAUAAUACCCCAAUACUCUUCAGGGCUAUCUAACGGAGCUCCUCCACCGCCUACGGAAUCUGAUACCUUCUAUUCUAGCUAUCAUAAUACCCCACAGAGGAGGAAACUUUCUAAGGAAGAGUGGAAAUCAAUCACCAAAGAAUGCACGAAAAAAGGAUUGCAAGAGUUGGUUUCUUCUCCUGAUUUUAGCAGAUGGGCUGCAGCCCAUGCUGAGAGAAUCACGUUAGCUCCAAUUAAGAAAGAACCGUGGGUAAUUUCGUGGCUGAGGUAGGCCGGAAGUUGAUUAGGCAUUUAGUAUUGAUUAGAAGAACGUAGAGGGUUUUAUCUUAUUGUUAAGUACUGCCAGUGGGAAGUAUUGGAGAUGAAGGAUUCUAGAAUGUGCACAUAUUCCAGAAUGUGCACAUAAUCUACAUCAAUGAAUGUGUGGAUUGAAUGAAUUGUUUAGGCAUUUUAGCAUGUUUUGUAAUUAAUUUUAGCUUGUUUUCCACUUGCCGGUAAAAUGAUUACCAUAUACUAAUUACUUAUGUACUUCAGUUCAAUUGUUUUUACGCUAGACUAGACCAGAAUCUACAAGUAUCGGGAAGAGAAUGAUGUACUAGGAAUGUGUAUUGGUCAUCAAAUUGAUCAUAAAUAUUGAUGAAUUUUUUUCUAAUGUUUAAAAUUCGUAUUUGAUCUUUGUAAUGUUUUAAUCAUUUAAUUUUAUAUCAAGUUGAUCACUGUGACAAAA